AGGACGCCAGCACAUGGGCGGCUGCACACUCAGCACCCAAGACCACGCAGCCCCCUCAGAAGGGGGACCCGGUUCUCCCGUGGCUCCGACCUCUGCUGCAGCACCUGGGAAAAUGCCCAGAAGCACUUCAAUACCCAAGCAACUGGCUUCAAUAAAAGCUUUGAAGAAGAGCUCAGACCUGGAGAAAGCCAUUGCUACUGCUGCUCUGGUCUUCAGAAACUCUUCUGACCCUGAUGGCAAACUUGGAAGAGCUGCUGCAAAAACUCUGCUGCAGGCCCAGUUCCAGAAUUUCACACAGGGACAAGAAUCCAAGUCAUCCUACCGAGAGGUCCUUUCUGAACUUGAUGAACACGCAGAAAAUAAGCUGGAUUUUGAGGACUUCAUGAUCUUGGUGCUAAGCAUCGCUGUCACGUCAGAUCUGCUACAAGAUAUAUGGAGUGUUAGAAGUACGAAUUAAACAGCUUGCUGUGCGCAGUUAGAUAAAUAUGGGAAAAGCUAUCCAGUGAUUGAAGGGUUUUCCGUCUUCUCUGUAAUGCAUUGCGUCUGAUUACACAUCAGGGGCAGGUGACUGCUGAAAUCCAGAACACAGUAUAACUCCACAAGCUCACACACACUCUUCGGAAACACACAACACUCAAAAAUGCUCGCCUCUCGGGGAGCUGAUACGUUACCACACGUCCACUGGACACCUCUGACGUCAGGUUGCGCUCUCUGAAUCAACAGUAACUCACAGCAGUUUUCUUAGAGACACUGAGCCGCUCGCCCCUUGACCACUCAUUCACUGACGUUUUUAAUCAACUGCAAAUAUGGUAUAUUUACAACUCUGAGACAGGCCACAGAACACUGAAAGAGUUCAUCUUCUGACUUGGGUCCGAAGG